GGAAGGAGCUCGCGCCGGAUCAGAGGUGAUGACACACGCGACACCCAAGCCACUCUUGCUGUAGGUCUCGCGCCGGUGACAUGGUGACGGCGCUCUGGUUCAACUUUCCACUACAGUAGCUUCUACGGCUUCUUAGUAGAGGACACCAAUGGGGAACUCGUACGCGGGCCAGCUGCGGACCACGCGCUUCGAGGAGGUUCUGCAUAACUCCAUAGAGGCAUCACUGAGGUCAAACACCAUCGUGCCUCGACCAGUCUUCACACAGCUGUAUCUGGAGACAGAACAGUCUCUGACACAAGACGGCCGUACACUGAAUGAUGAUGAGGACGAUGAUGACUGCUCAGAAUCCAACAGCCCUCCGAUACCCUACCAGAUGAAGCCACCGCCUGAUGGAUGCUGCACCACAGAUGGGUUUUGUCAGGCUGGGAAGGAUGUGCGUUUGUCCACGCUUGCAUCCGAGCCCCUGGACGUUCCUCCUGGAUUCAUGUUAGUUGGUGUGAAGUCCCCCACCCUGCCUGAGAACCUCCUGGUGUGUGCUGUAGACCGUCGCUUCCUGCCAGAUGACCGGGAUCGUAAUGCUUUGCUUGGCUUUUCAGGAAACUGUAUGGGCUGCGGAGAGAAAGGUUUCCGAUAUUUCACAGAGUUCUCCAACCACAUCAACCUGAAGCUCAGCACCCAGCCUAAAAAGCAGAAGCACCUAAAGUAUCACCUGUACCAAAACAACCAGGGAGUCCUGGUUAGAGGCGCUCCCAUCUGCUGGAGGGGAAACGAUGGCAGGAUGAGACAGAUAAGGUCCAGCCUGGUGGAAGGUCAGCUGACAUCAGAAGAACAGCCACCAAACCCCGCAGUGGCUCACCCAUCACACACACCGAGCAGCUACCCAGGAUCACAUGUGGAGCCUCAAGCAGCCGACAUCCCCCACAUGGUGAUAAACGGCAGCCAUGCUGUUCCCUCCAUUUCUCGGCCAUCUUUAAACCAGUCAGGACCUGGGAGACCCUCAGCCACAGGGCCUCAUGCAAAUGCUGCUCCCCCUAAAAAGAGACACAAAGGCUGGUCUCCUGAAUCAGCAGCCAGCAGUGUGACGGAGAGCAUGGUAAAGUCUCCUCCAUCGUCAUCAGCCCUAGCAACACCAUCAGUGUCUUCUCACAUCACCACCGGAGCCAGACCAGAAACUGCAUUCCUGCAGAGUUCAACGCGGGGGUCCUCAAUCCCACUUUCUCUCCCAGAACUGUCCGUAACAGUGCCUGAUCGGCUGCUGCACACCUGCAAACUGCAACCUGUCGUAUUUAAAGGUCACGGCCCGCUUUGUCAGCUGACUGGCAACAUCAAUGAUGUUCUCGUCAGUUCUCUGCUCCAGAGUUGUUACCUGAGCUCACAGGCUCUUCCCAGAGUCUACCAGCAUUAUGGACCAUCACCCGUUCAGCCUCUCUCCACUGAGAUGCAGAUUCUGCUUACAGUUUACUACCUGGUUCAGCUGGGCCCUGAGCAGGUGCCCCUGAUUGAGGACUUGGAGCAGAUUUUAAUGAGGUCAUGGAGGGAAUCCCACCUCAGUGAGAUCAGACAGUUUCAGCAGUCUCAAACAGCAGCAACUCAAGGGAGGCUCUAUGGCAUAGAGGUCCCUUCUGUUUUACCCGGGCUCCCCCAGCAUCUCACUUUACCUCCUAACCAACAACCCCCGACCCCCAGUCAGCUCCCUUGGCUCGCCCAGCUCGCUGCAUCAUCCUCUGGGGAGAGAGUGGUAGUGAUGGGGGAAGAAGUCAAGUCGUUGGCUCAAGGCCUUCAGCAAGUGUUUAGCAGGCUGAUGGAAGGAAGGCUUGAAAACACAAACUAUGUCGUCAUUAUCGUCACUUCACCAGGACAGGAGACACAGUCAUGUGUGGUGGUAACAGGUAAACACCAGUGCCGUGCUUUAUCGGAAAGCAUGUUUUCUCCCAGUGAGGGACUGAAAGAAAUCAGCCACCAGAUUUACUCAGGAGCUGCACGGGAGCUCGUCCAUUACUGCAGUUCUCUCGGCCAAGAUGGUAAUAUGGACACCCUCCUGGAUAGUUUCAGUGUGGACAACAGCGAGCCAUCUCCCUCGUCCAGCAGUCAGGACUUAGCUGAGGACAGGAAUGUUACGACUUCACAGAACCAGAAAGAAACGCACAGUCCAAAGGACACAUCCAGCCCUAAAGUCACCACCUCAAGCCCCAAAGACUCUUGUUCAGAAUAUAGGGUAGAAUGGCGCGAGGUCCGUCCCAUCCAGCUGGCAGUAGCCAAAAAGCUGCUUUCCCACGUUUGUGCCAUAGCAGAUUCCAGCACACAGAACCUUGACCUUGGCUCCUUUAACAGGGUCAACUUCCUCAUCCUGGUCCCACCCUCGGAGGUCACGUUUCAACAGACUGUUUUCCAACUCUGGAACUCUGGUGUCCUUCAGGACCUUGGGAGUACGGACCAGGACUGCACGUCUCAUCAGGACGCUGAGCGUUACGUGGUUAAGAUGGACCAGAGUGCUCGGGCACGGGUUGACAAACUCAUCCAGGAAGCGCAGAGCAAUUCCUACACUCUCCACAUCCUGGUUCAUGAUCAUGCCCACUGGGAUGUUUGCAGCUCAUCCUACUGCAGUGCAGACAGUGGUGUGGGUCUGGUUGAUAAACUGUUAAACUCACAGCAGGUGAUAGAAGCCACAAACAUCUUGAUUCUACAUGUCACCUCGUUCCCCUUCGCCCUUCAGACUCAGCGCACUCGAAUCAGCCCCUACAAUGAGAUACACUGGCCGUCUGCGUUCAGUAACGAUGUGGACCUGUAUCACGAGAGGACUCGGCACUUCGGUUUGUCAGAGCUCUUGGAGAUGACUCGCUCUGGAAGCAGCCUGCCACUGAUGCGUUAUGAUUCCUCUUUUGAAAGCAUGGCAUCUACCCUUGAAGAGAGGUUUCCAAAGCUGCACAGUUCUGUGAUCCGGACAACGGUCCUGAUCCAACACUACUGUAUAGCUCUGAUGGCUGCAUCUGGAAAAAUCAGCAGCUGUCCCAGUCUACACAAACACACCUCUGUUGAGACCAUGGAGGUUGUACAGUCCCUGCUAACUCCUGCCCAGCAGUGUCCUUCCCACCACGGUCACAUGAUUCUCUUGCGGAUUCCUUCUCUGGCUUUAGCAGCUUGGGCUCACCGACGGCUGUCCAGAGUCAGGAAGCAGCUGGGGCUGGAGGGGAGUUUUGAGAUCAUUCUGGGGAGUCCCAGCCAAGCUCUGACUAUUGGACAGACUUUCACUGAUCAGAUCAAGAAAUGGCUGAAGAUCCAGGAUUCUAAUUGGGUCCCACUUACAUACUUGGAGCUGGAGGCCCUCCCUUGCAUCCUGAUUCUGUCUGGAGCCGACCCACUUGGAGAAUCAUUGCCCAGGUCUCUAAAGUAUUGUGAUCAUCGGGUGAUAAGCUGCUCCUACCUGCAGCGUACGACCCUGGAACAGGAGCUGGGAUUGGCUGCUUAUCUAGUCAAGGCAGAGACGAGACCACCACAUAAUCCUGGAUCAGGAAGUGAAGUGGUUGAAAGUGAUGCUGAAAAACUCAGCAGCACUGACAAUGAGGAGGAGGAGGGACAUGACAAUGGAAACUCUCCUCCAUUCUCCACUCAACCUCCCCAGGCGUGUCCUGACAGUAGAGCUGCUGACCCCCUUGCUGCUCCAAGUACCAACUCUCAGAAUGGCCAGAAAGGAAACUUGGAUGCCAGACAGCCUCCACCAAAGCCACAGAAUCAUGAUCAGCCUCAGCCCUCAUCCCAGUUGUUUUCAAAUCUUCAAACUACACCUCACCACCAAAAUCAACCUCAAGCUCAAAGUGACCCCCAGGUCAAACCGCAGCCCCAAAGUCAGCUAUUAUCACAAACAAGUUCUCAAUCUCACCCUCAACCAGCUUCCCAGCAGCAGCUUCCUACCCAAGCACAAACUCGUUCCAAAUCUGCAUCCUCUGCUUCCUCCUCUCCACAAGCCUCCUCUCCUCAUCCGCAUUGCUCAUGGGCGCGAGGAUUGAGCCGUCCACCCUCUGUACUCCUCCCUCGUGCCAUCUAUGACAUCAUCACAGCCAGUGACAGCAGUGGACUUCCACGAUGUACUUCAUUCUUGCCACACAUGUCUGUUGCAUGGGCAAGCAGCUUCAGACCUUUGCUGAGUAAAAUGAUGACGUGCACAGAGCAGUCUCUCUAUUAUCGUCAGUGGACAGUUCCUCGGUCCAACCACAUGGACAGCAGCAACCGCUCUGAAGGACGAAGUGACAACUUUCACCCUCGUAGGCUGCUGCUCAGCGGACCCCCACAGGUGGGAAAGACAGGGGCAUACCUGCACUUCCUGGGUAUCUUGUCUCGCAUGCUGAUCAGGCUCAUGGAGGUGGAUAUCUACGAUGAGGAUGACAUCAAUUACAGUGUUCCGACUGAAGGAGGACAGCACCAUGCAUACAACACUCCCUGGCCCAACACAGACAUCAUAAAAACAAUGCCCUUUGACUACACCAUCCAUGAUGCCAAAUAUGAUGAUAUCAGUACCAUAUAUUGCCCUGGAUUUAAACCCCAGGCUGAGGGAAAUGUUGCACGGCAGGAGGACGUGUAUCUAUGCAGACGCACGGCGAGGAUUAAGCUGUCUAAGUAUGCAGCCUACAACACCUACCAUCACUGUGAGCAGUGUCAUCAGUACCUGGGCUUCAACCCCAGAUACCAGAUGUACGAGUCAACACUCCACACCUUCACAUUCACCCAUCUGCUGCUUGGAGAAGAUAUUCAACUCUACUUUAUCAUCCCAAAAACUAAAGAGCACUACUUCAGCUUCAGCCAACCAGGAGGCCAGCUGGAGAGCAUGAGGCUGCCUCUCACUUCUGACUGGAGUCCAGACUGCAUCAAGAGUCCAAUCUUCACCCCGACCACCGGGCGUCACGAGCACGGCCUGUUUAACCUGUACCAUGCCAUGGAUGGAGCUUCACACCUUCACAUCCUGGUGGUUAAAGAGUACGAGAUGGCUGUCUACAAGAAGUACUGGCCCAACCACAUCAUGCUGGUGCUGCCCACUGUCUUCAACGGAGCUGGGAUAGGUGCUGCUCACUUCCUGAUAAAAGAACUUUCGUAUCACAACUUGGAGUUGGAGCGGAGUCGGCGUCUGGAGGGAGGAAGUCCAGCAGGAGACGUCUGGCCUUUCAUCGUCCUUUCUGAUGACUCCUGUGUGAUGUGGAAUGCAGUGGACCUGGACAAACCCAGUGGCCCAGCCGACCAUGCUGUGUCCCUGAAACAGGUCUUACAGCACAUGGAGGCCUGUACUGAUCUGGCCCACUAUGGUCUAUGUGGCAUCAGGAAGUGGAGCAGCUGUAGACUCGCAGGUAUUAAACAGUGGGAACCGUUCUCCAGAGGUCACCUUCACGACUUCCUCUUCCUAAAUGUUGACCGGAGUCAGAACGUUCAGUACGACCAGAACCGCUUCACCUGUCACGACGUUGACUUCACCCUGAGGCUGCACAGCGCUGGGCUGCUGGUUUGCAAGUUCAACAACUUCAGCGUCAUGAAGAAGCAGAUUGCCAUCGGAGGAUACAGAACAUUUAUCAUCAAAACCAAGAUGACAGAUGUUUCCACCUCAGUGGGACCAUCACAAUACAUCUGUGCUCCUGACAGCAAGCAUCUUUUCUUGGCUACACCAGCUCAGCUCCUCCUGGAAAAAUACCUACAACACACCAGCCAGAAGCUGUUUCCACUCAGCACCAAGAACUACACACACCCUGUUCUGACUGUGGACUGUUACCUCAACCUGGGACCUGAGGUGACGGUGUGCUUUGUGAGUUCCAGACCUCAUUCUGUCAACAUCAGCACGGCCGGAUUGCUGUUCAGCGGUCUUCUUCUCUGUUUCCCUGACACAUUUGUGACCUCUGUGUUCCUCAAGAAGUUCACCUUUCUCAAAGGUGCUACCCUGUGCGUAAUCAGUGCAGAUCGCAGCUCACUGAGGCAGACUGUGGGCAGACUGGAGCUCGAGGAAGAGUGGAGGUUCAGGCUGAGCGACGAGUUCCAGACUGCCAACGCCAAAGAGGACCGACCGCUCUUCUUCCUGACCGGAAAACAUAUCUGACCGAAACAAAGGACCUGAAAA